AUGUUGUACCUGACCUCUGAUGACUUUCCAAUAUUUGUUCCUUUUGGUGUCAUUGGGUUCUACCGGUACCUAUGGUAUCUAAUUCGUCUGGCCGCUGCAGCGGCAUAUCGCCCAGUACCACUGCCCGAAAAUCCGACAUACAUUGCCUCUGAAGAUGUAACCAUCAUCGUGCCUACCAUCGACGCUGGCGAGGAAUUCAAGGAAGCCGCCAAUAGCUGGCUUGUUGGCAAACCCAAGGAAAUUCUCAUCAUUACAGAGGAAAAAAUGCUCGGUCCUUUGCAAGAUCUCGCAAACGAGGUUGACCCGGAGCGGAUACGAGUCCUCACCGUCCCCUACGCCAACAAGCGUCUACAAAUGAGCCACGGCAUCAAGAACACCACGACAGACAUCAUCGUCUUCGCUGACGACGACGCCAUUUGGCCCUCGACCAUGUUGCCUUACAUGCUGGCGUGUUUCGAAGAUCAGAAGGUCGGAGGUGUUGGUACCAGUCAGCGCGUGCAGUCGGUUGGAAGCCGCAUGACCGUUUGGGAGGUCCUCGCCGCUUUCCGUUUGACUAUCCGGAACAUCGAAAUUGCAUCCUCAACACACAUUGACGGCGGUAUACCCUGCCUUUCUGGACGUACGGCCGCAUACAGGACUGUCAUCCUCAAGGACCCCGAAUUUUUGUAUGGUUUCACACACGACUAUUGGUUAGGAAAAUAUCAGCUCAACUCCGGUGACGACAAGUUUUUGACUCGCUGGAUGGUGAGCCAUGGAUGGAGCACGUAUGUGCAAUGCUGCAAAGAAGCAGAACUUCUUUCGACUAUGAAACCCAAUUGGCGAUUCCUCAAACAGGUCCUCCGAUGGACCCGAAAUACCUGGCGAUCAGAUCUUCGCAGUCUCUUCAUGGAGAGACAUAUCUGGACGGCACAUCCCUACGUUGCUUAUACCAUGGUGGACAAACUCUUUAAUCCUCUCACGCUCCUCGUGGGCCCUUGUCUAGUGUCGUACCUGAUAUACAAGAGUACCAUUCCAAUCGACCAGGGCGGGUACCAUCUACGAUGGUGGAACAUCGUCUUGUCCUACUUUGUCUGGCUGUCGGCUACACGUACACUGAAGCUCAUGCCCCAUCUAUGGCAUCAACCCUCACACAUCAUCUAUGUCCCCGCAUUCAUUCUUUUCGGAUACUACUUUGCCAUCAUGAAAAUUUACGCCCUUUGCACAUUACACGAGACCGGUUGGGGUACUCGCGCAGGUAUCGGUGAUGCCUCCGCCGCCACCGCCGCCCUCGACGCGCAAGACAAACUACAGCAAGACGAGAAGCACAACCUCAACAACAACCCCUACCAGCAGCACCACCCACCAUACAGCGCAACGACGCCGAACGAGCACUCGCCCUUCCGGGACCACGAGGACCCCAGUCCGUCGCCGUACCGCGACUAUCCCUCCACACCGAACACUGGCGGCAACACCGCGACACCGGUGUAUGCCUCACGCAAUACGAGUCGUAAAGCCAGUACUGGCGGUGGACAGCGGCGGAGAGGUGGCGAUGACGGCGACGAUGUUGAGCUGCAGGUUGGGUAUGCGAAGUGA